GAAUUGCUCUCAGUGGGUGGUUCAUCUUCCACUGGUGUUUACAUCUAGGCACAGAGAACUUUGUGAUUGUCAACAUGUCUGCCUCCAUAGUGAGAGCUACUGUAAAGGCAGUUAGCAGGCGAAAGAUUUUAUCACCAAGAGCUGCUUUGACCCUGACGCCUUCAGCUGUAAACAAAAUCAAGCUCCUGUUAGACAAUAAACCAGAAUAUAUUGGGCUGAAAGUUGGUGUCCGGACCAGAGGAUGCAACGGCCUUACGUACACACUCGACUACACCAAGGAGAAGGACAAAUCAGAUGAGGAAGUGUUACAGGAUGGUGUGAGAAUUUACAUUGAGAAGAAGGCCCAGCUGACUUUGUUGGGCACUGAGAUGGAUUUUGUUGAGACUAAACUCUCCAGCGAGUUUGUGUUUAACAACCCCAACAUCAAGGGAACAUGUGGCUGUGGGGAGAGCUUCAAUAUUUAAACAAGUUCCAGUCAUGUAUACUUUCCAGUGUACAUCACACUCCCAUUCCCCAGUCAGAGACAAAGAACCACUAUGUGGAUAAAGACUCUGACACGAGAGCGAAGUGGAUGCCUUGGAGAUCAGCUCCUUGUGCUGCACCUAAAUGAACAUGAUCAUCACCACUGUUUAGUGACAAAAAUUUAAGUUAGUUUGUGGUCUCUUAUAUUUAGAAUAUAAUGUAAAAGAUAAAUGAUGUACAAUAUGGGUCAGUAUUUAUUUUACAGAAAAUUAAGAAAUGCAUCCCCUCAUACACUUUGUCAUUUUUCUUGAUGCUGAUUUGCCUGUUUAUAUGCCAGUACGUUCAUAUGUACUCAUAUUUUUGUGCGUGAGAGAGUGCUUGAGUGUUUGCAUGCAUGUGAAAGUGUAUGUGCAUGAGAGUAUGUGAAUGUGCGUGCAAGAGAGAGUGUGUGUGAGUUGUUGAGAAAGAGAUGGAAGGCUUCCACUAAACAUAUGCUAUGCAUAAUUCACCCAGUGUGUGUGUGUGUGUAUAUGUAUAUGUAUGUAUGUGUGUGUGUGUGUGUAUAUAUACACAUACACUGAGUGAAUUAUGAAACAAAAACAAAUCUAUGUAAUCAUAAACAAUUUAUAUAUAAUGAACAAAAAUACCAAGCUCUUUAACAUUGCUUAGAGAUGCAGCAUAGCAUGUGAAAUCUCUCUGCACCGAGAGGCAAUGGUGUACAUUUAUGAGAACCAGACAUGUGAGAAAUCAGUCAUUAUGAAGUGUAAGACUCAGAUUUUAGAAAAGUGUCCUUGAUGCUCAUCAGUCUAUAAAGUCUGUGUGAGAGAGAAAAAAGUACACACAAAAAAACCCUGUCUUUUAACGCACAAUAAAGCUGAUAUACAUACAAA